UGUCCUGUGAACUUCGACGCGCUGGCAGGUCCUGCGAAGUUUCCGCACUUGCUUUGCUGGUGUGGGUGCGACGUGUUUUGUGAGUGCGCGUGUGUGUGUGUCUGUGAGAGGGCGCCAACUUUUCGGUGAGACUUUGGCCACCAGUAAACAACAACACGGCAGAGAAACAUUGACAAAAAAACCAAGAAAGGCGGAAAGGACGAAGGACACAGCCUGCGGUCAGGGAAGCCGCAAUCAAAAAUUGUAAACAAACACUGGAAAUCGAGCAAAAUCAACAAGGGAAGACGACGCCGCCCUGUAGGCAACGAUUCCGCUGCUAGCCAACAUGGAAAUGGACGUCAAUCGCCCGACCGGCCGCCAUGGCAACCUAAUGACCAUAUCCGCCCGCUGCUCCAACAACAAUGCAACCGGAGCCGGUGCUGGAGUUGGAGCUGGAGUUGGAGCAGCCGGAAGUGAGGCACCGCCCAGCGGCUGCUGCGGCAUCUUGGGCCGCCUCCUCUGCGUGAGUCGCCACAAGGCAACGCAAUCGGUGGCCGGCAGCGAUCCCUUCUCCCAGCUGCAGCUGCAGCGCAAGGGAGUCGCCACACCUGCUGCCGUUCCCGGACAGCGACGCCGCAGGACGCCGCAGGAAAUCUACUUCGAGAGUCGCGGCAAGUCCUGCAAGAAGCUGCUGAAAUUCAAUGGCAAUUCCAACAAGAUACUGCUGUAUCCCGAGGAGGGCUGGGCGCGGACCGCCUCGUCCAGUUACUGGACCAUCACGCCCUGCUUCUGGCAGCCCAAUCGCUGCCGCAUCGUCGAGUGCUCCGGAACCCAGCGGCGCGCGACGAAGGCCCGGAUGCUGCCGCUGGAGCAGCAGGGAUCCCUGCUGAUUGCCGGACACUUUCGCCGGACGACGGCGGCGGGCGGAGGAGCUGCAUCGCCGGCGGGGGGCGGAGCAGCGGGCAACGGGUCGGUGGCUGCCACGCCCACGCCCGCUAUACCUGCCGAUGCAAUCCGGACGGGGUCAGCGGGCUGUGACAAGUCGCCGCCCGCGUGGAACGACGAGUUCAAGCUGUAUCUGACGUCGAACAUCUCGAUGGAGGACUACAACAUGGGCUACUGCCUCACCGGAUUCGUGGAGCGCCGCUGCCAGGUGACCAACACCUUCCAGAUGACUCACUUCGCGGUCAUCAAGCGCCAGUGGCCACCAUCGCCGUCCAACCUGGCCAACUCCUAAGGCCCCCGCAUCCCACUUUUGUAAUUGUGAUCCGACCUUUUGUUCCGCAUUGGAAACGAAAUGAAAUUAAUUAGGGGGCUGUGGCUGUUCUUACUUUUGGAGCAUUUUCUGAGUUCCUGACAGUUAACAAUUAAUAAAUACUUUAAUAUUUCCCUGAAUUCAACAUGCCAAAAACUGUUGCAUACUUUAAGGCGCUGUGUGGCAACGUACAUUUAAAUAUUUUUGAGAAAGGCAAAAGAAAUUAAGAUCAGACACAGUCCUUUAAAGCAAGUAGCACUUAAGUUUUAAGCAUAUAAGUAGAGCCAAAAUGUUUGUUGUGCAAUCCCGAAUGAAAAUCAAAAGAAAAGUUCGCCAGGUCUUUAGAAAAUGUAACAUAAAUUGCCGAGGCCACUAGAUCAUAAGGCUUAGAAAACUAAUGGCGGAGGGGAAUCCCUAAGGACGUACUGCAUUUGACGUAGUUUAGCGACAUUUUCUGCAUGUUUAGUGCGUAAAUUGUAAUUUUAACUAAAUGUGCAACAGAAAUGCGGAAAAAAAGGAAACUAGGAAACAAAAAAACUUUACGUGUGCUUUCAGUGUUGUGUAAUAUGAAAAACGGAAACAAACCGGAAAAAAUAAGCGAAAAAACCAAAUACUAGUAACUGUUAAAUGCUAAAUGAAACUAAACCGCUUUGCCAGCUGACACACACACACACCAGCACGUACUAACACCAACACACAGGCACCCACUUACACACUCGCACACUUAAGCCGGGACGGCUACUUAAUGCUUCAAAAAGUGCAACAAAUUGAAACUUGUGCUUGUCGAAGCAUGUGAUUGUGAGUGCUCACUGUAAGCUGCUACAGUAUACACACAUACAAGUAUUUACGAGGCUGCAUGUGUGUGUGUGGGAGCUGGUACUCUUUUCCACUACAUACGAAUAUGUACUUUAACGGCCAUGUUUGCGAAACCUAUUGCCUUUAAGCUUUAAAAUAUAAGCACAACUCAACUGUAUUGCAGGCAAGCAAGUCAACAGCUUCGAGCGAUGGCCAUUGGCACUGAACAGCAGUUUGCCGACAGGCGGGCAUUAAAGUUAAUUAUUUAACGAGCUGUUUAAGGCAAACAAACAUGAUUUUAUGCCUCUUAAGCCGAUUUCCUGUUUCCGGCACAUUGCAUGGUCACAUUGCAGCCCAAGCGUGCUUCUCUAGGAGGCUUGGUCACACUGCGAUUCAUAUUUUCGCUCUUUUGUAGCGAAAGCGAAGUAAACUUGUUUAACAAGUGCUAGAAACUGCUGAUUAGUGUCACUGGCCCCUUAGCCGACUCUACGCUAAUCUAAGGAACUAAGCCCCUAAAAAUCUCUAUCUUUCUCUCUCACUAACUCCACCCACUGACCCACUCGUGCUACGGCUCUAUCCCUCUUAUUCACUCACUUUGAGCAUGAUACGCAACGUAUAUCAACAAUUCGUCCAAUGAUUGGAGUCUUCUGGCGCCACAAAUUGCCACGUGUCAAGUUGGCAAGGCCGGAGCUCCAAUUGCCAAAAACCCUAAGUGUUAAAAAACAAUGAAACCAAACGUAAAGGAAACCAAAGCUAAGUCAAAACUCAACGUAGGCUAAGGAUAGUUUAAAAAUCCAUAUUUACAAGCUAGAAUAUGAAUCUAUAUAUAUAUUAUAUAUAUAUCUAUAUAUUUGUGUGUAGGCUGAACCUUUUUGCGUAUUUAUCUGUGUAUUUGUAUAACUGUAUUGCGAUUACAUAUACAAUAACAUUUUUGCCGUAGUUCGCAUAGCUCGCUUUUAGGCGCUUUUACACGCAAGCGAUUAAGGCCGAAAACUCUAAACUCCCUUUUUUGCUUCAGUCGUCAGUUUGCAGAUGUCCCUGCCACUUUGCCCCACAACUUAUUGAUAUUGAUAUUUAAGUAUCAGGUACCUGCCACAAUCGACACGAAAACCAAACCAAACAAACAGAAAAACUCGAAUAUACAUAACUAUUUAUUGAGCGAUUACGAUUACGUCUGUGCAAACAUUUGUGUCCAUUUUAAUUAGAGAGAAUACAAAGAUGUCCAGAUGUCAGAAAAAUCAAGGUAUUUUUUAGAGAUCACUCUGUCCCAAAAUAAAACCCGCAAAUCGAUGUCGUACACCCGAGUUGUAUAAAUGUUUAUUAGGGAUUCUUGCUCUCUGUGUGUAGCAAAUAUUUCCGCGCCUAUGCUUAAAAAUCAGACACAGAAAACAGACACGAGUUGUUCGGCUUAAAGCUGAACAGCACUUGCAACACUUGCAACACUUGAAAACAAAUCGAACAAAACACGCAUGAGCUUUUUUGUAGUUCUAUUUAAACACUUUAAAUAGCAAACAAGUCAACAAAUAAAUCUAUUUUCCGUGCUGCCGAGCACUGGGAAUAAAUUAAUGUUAAGCUUCUAUCGAAAUAAGCGAUGUAAGCGAGCAUAAUUAGUCUAAUCGAGAGAUAAGGUAAAUCGCUAGAAAAAAAAGGAAAACAAAAAAAAUGGCAGAAAAAAGGAAGUAAAAAAUCAAAUCAAAUCAGAUGGAAAUGCAAAUGAAAAUAUAAAUCGAAAUCGAAAUCAAACACGCCGAUGUUAAUGCAACUGCAUAAAUCAAAAGGGAAUAAAGCCUCGGCAAAUGCAAUUUGAGCUGGCAGUGGAUUCGUGUAAUGAAAAUAAAUACCCCAAAGGUAUGUAGAAUGCAGUUGAACAUGAGAAAUCAAAACAUUGCAAAUA